CACAACUGCUUGUGGGCUUUUGGUUCUACUUCCCUGUUUGUGUGUGGGGGAGCCUCCAGUGCUGGGACUGAACACCUGUGUGUUGAGGACGUUUUUAAGGCGUGUGCCUGCACUCGGGUUUGUGGAUUACCCCCGUCGGGACUACAGCGCGCGCGCGUGUGUGUGUGUGAAUGUAAGGCUGUGUCGGCUGGUUAGAUGUCGGUGACGGUGAACUCAGACUUGGAGGGUUCUUUCUGGAGGGCUGGAGGAGACAGUGUCCCUACACUAACCUGCACGCAUGGUGAAGCCAGACUGGGCCCUCCUCCCGUCAUCAUGUGCACAAGACCCUACCCAGACUGCUCCGUGUUCCGGGCGAGCGGCAGAGAUGCGGAGUGCGACAUGGACAGCGCCGCGGAGAACGGGACGGGGUCGGACUCCUCGGACGGCGGCCGUGGCGACAGUCCGGGCCAGCUGAUUGGCUCAGCCUCUGCGUCCGUCAUCUCGGGGGAGGAGCAGUUUGAGGACUACGGCGAGGGGGAGGACGUGGACUUCACUCCCAGCAGCCCCUGCCCCGACGAUGACGCGCGCACCAACGGCUUCUCGGAUCUGGGCUCCUCCCUGCCUUCCAGUGCGGGCCAGACCCCUCAGAAGAUGCGUCACCUGUACAACACUGAGCUGUUGGACAUCUACUGCUCCCAGUGCUGCAAGAAGGUGAACUUGCUCAACGACCUGGAGGCCAGGCUCAAGAACCUGAAAGCCAACAGCCCCAACAGAAAGAUCUCCAGCACGGCCUUUGGACGUCAGCUGUUCCAGCACAACCACAGUGCUUUCAGCUCCAGCCAGGGCAGCACUGAGGACCUGUUUAGAGACAGCAUCGACUCCUGCGACGUGGACAUCACUGAGAAGGUGAGCUACCUGGAGAAGAAAGUGACUGAGCUGGAGAACGACACCCUAGCCAACGGUGACCUCAAGUCUAAACUCAAACAUGAGAACACCCAGCUGGUUCACAGGGUCCAUGAGCUGGAGGAGCAGAUCAAGGACCAGGAGACGCGGGCGGAGCAGACUCUGGAGGAGGAGCUGAGGAGACACAGAGAGGCCUUCAGCAAGAUGGAGCGAGACAGGAACACGGAGAUAGAGCUGCUUUGUAACAGGGUUCAGCAGCUGGAGGAGGAGAACGGGGAGACGAAGAUGAGCAUGUGUCGGCUGAAGUCCCAGACCGAGAAACUAGACCAGGAGAAGCAGCGGAUGACGGACAAGCUGGAGGACACCAGCCUGCGUCUGAAGGAUGAGAUGGACCUCUACAGGAAGAUGAUGGGCAAGCUGUGGCAGAACCGACACGAGUUCCAGAAGGAGAGGGAGGCCAUGCAGGAGUUGAUAGAGGACCUGCGUCGAGAGCUGGAGCACCUGCAGCUCUUCAAGCUGGAGACGGAGCACCCUGGCCAGGGGCGCGGCCUGUCCGAGUACAACGCCAAGACCCGGGAGAUCGAGCUGGAGCACGAGGCCAAGAGGCUCAAACAGGAGAACCACAAGUUGAGGGACCAAAACGACGACCUGAACGCCCAGAUCCUCAGCCUGAGUGUGUACGAGGCCAAGAACCUGUUUGCCUGCCACACCAAGGCCCAGUCGCUGGCCGCCGAGAUCGACAACGCCUCGCGGGAUGAGCUGGUGGAUGCUCUUAAAGAGCAGGAGGAGAUCAACUACCGUCUGAGGCAGUACAUGGACAAGAUCAUACUAGCCAUCCUGGAUCACAACCCCUCCAUCCUGGAGAUUAAGAGUUAGACACAAACACACACCGCACACACUCAAACACAUCUUAAUGCGUUUAAAACACAGAAUCCACAACACACCACGAUCCACACUGGACCCACAGUGGCCCCACGGGCCGGGUUGGGGAACUGCAAUCGCAGUUCCAACACAAAACAGACAGUGGGACAGUGUUUACAGUUCACAAAUUUAAUUUGUUGAUCAAUCUGUCAAUCACUGUUCACAGUAAAAGCCCCUUUAUCUGUUUAACCUAUUUGUUAUCAUAUGAUGGAAAACAUUAUACAUUACCACUGAGAUGUAUGAUGGCAGGAUAAUGCGUUGGAAGUUGACACACAAAAAAAAGACAAAAUGUUCAUUUGAAGUUAUGUAGACUACACACUACCUCUGGGUUGGCUAAAGUCAGUAUUAUUGUCCAAUAAUGUAUUAUAUUAUAUUAUUCUUUGUUCCCACAAAAUGUGACUAUUGAAGACAAGUGUGUGAUUGGGCAGCCUACCAUUUACAGACAUGGUUAAUACGGGGGUUUCAAAUUCCUCUUUGUGACUAGAGACGAUUGAGAUUACAAACACAAACAUGAGGGUUAAUGUGGAUUUCCACCUCGGGUUUACAUGGUGUUCUGAUGGUGAGGUGUCAUGUUAUGGAAACAGUUUUGUCCCGGCCCAAGUUCAGAAAAGCCGUUUCGAGUUGGUCACGUUGCUUGAUGGUAUCGUCCAUAUUUCUGGGAUGGGUUUGGCUUUGUGAGGACCUGGAGCAGGUAACCAUGUGGGGGUUGAUGUAGGACGUUGGUUUCUGAAUGCUAAAUACACACGUGCACAGAUACCAUGCGGAUAGGCCAAAGCCGGAGACCACGGUGACUCAACAUGUUUAUGGGACCAUCGUUAGGAAAGAUCAGGGCUCAGUGACAUUGUGGCAGGGACCAUGGGUGUGUGCGAACACUAUGGCGCGGCUUCCUCGUCUCCUCUCCUCGUCUCCUCUCCUCGUUGACUGUCCUUUCUUUCUGAUUUGGUAAAAUGGUCGGGUUCGAAGCUAGGAAGCGUGCUUGUUUGGGUAUGUCCUCUGCCCUUGUCAGGUCACUGCAGGUAAAGGAAUGAUCAUCAGGAAAGGAGGGUAAAACUGAGACACACCCCCAUACCUACUCUCUUAUAUAAUUUGAUUUCACUACCCCAGCUUUUCUCUGGAUGCGGAGAAAAAUGUGUUUUGUUGUGCUCGUGAUGCACAGUGACCUGUUGGGAACGGUUAAGGCAGGUCACGUGACUUGUUUAUAAUGACUUGACUAAAAGUUGAUUGAAGCCUGCUUCCUUGUGAGUGUAGUGAACACCAGAACCGCCUUGCACUCCUGGCCGUGUACAGUUACAGCAUAAAAACUGGUCAAGGUGAACUUGGAAUAUAAUGCUGAUGAGGGGAUAAGAAAUUGGAGACAAAAAACGUUAUUUAUUUUGAGGACGGCAUUAGAACCUGUUAAGAACGUGUGUGUAUAGAUAAAUGUUUAUUUUUCAUACAAAUCUGCUAUAAUGGAUUUUUUGUGGAGCUCUAUGUUUUUGCAUACUCAUUGUCAAUAUUUUGGAUUUCAUAUCUUCGACAGAGCAGAUCAAGGCCGAGUCUGUUCACAGUCGGGCCGCUUCCUUCCCUCACAACACACUCGGUCGAGAGAUGUUGUCAUGUUUAAAGAGCAUUUCAGACACAAAGGAAGACACUUCAAAUAAUUAAGACUGCUACAUUAGGAGUUUCCACUGAAAUUCCUGUCAUCUCCUACUUUGUCUGUGACUCCGUAAGAGACACAAACCUGUCUGUAACAAACUCCAUGAAAUGGAUAAUAGCUAUGACAAAAACCACGAGAUGUAGAGUAUAGUGGUUAGGGUUAAAGGUCAUCGUCAAGGGUAUAGAGCUCCUUUGUAAAGGUCAUGAAUGUACAUCACUUCAUACAUUGUCUUGUCGAUUUCACAUAGCUAGCCACGACUUCAGGUGCAUCACAGCAUAUGAUCUAUGAUUGUGUCGCUAUAGCUAAGAAGCAGCGAAUAGGCGAAUAGAACACUGUUUUGUCCCACACACAACCAUUUGUGCAAUGAAGCAAAACUAGUUAUGAUGAACUAUUUUGUAUUGUUUCUUUCUUUGCAUGUGUUAAUGGUUUCCUUGGUUUGUGCCUUUGUACAAUAGAUGUCUGACACACACACGCAUCUGGUUUUUCUGGCCACUUUAAUUUUGUCUAUCGAUGUGAGUGAGCUUUCUAACACAUUGUAGCAUCUUUUUUUCCUACAUUGUAAAUGUUGUACAGAAUCUAGUUACUAUUUGUAUUUAUGUGCCACUCAUCAAACUUAUUGAAGAAAAAGGCUGUCUUUUAUACAGUUUUAUGAUGAAAAAGAGCAAUAUAUAUAUAUAUAUAUAUAUAUAUAAAUCUAGAGAUUAUAUGUGUGACCUGGAAAUGUAUAGCACACUUAAAUGAUGUUGUCAUAGCUACUGUAUGUACUUGGGUUAGUCCUCAACUCGUAACAGUUGUCUGUAACUCUGAGAAGAGCAGAUAUUCAGUUUAUCCCUAGGACUUGAACAGUCUUUAGACACAAGAUAUAGUGAGAUGUAGUCACCUCGCACUAAGAUCACUGAUGUUAUUUUCUUUGCUCAUGUACUGGUCCUACAGUGAGUGAUAUGUUGUACAAACUUGAACAUGUAAAUAAAAAUCCAUUUGCUUUGGCAUGACCAAGUA